GCGUCGAGCGCAGACGCAGCGCAUAUAUCUCCUCCGCCCCCCUGGCACUGCCACCCCCUGCACGCGCUCCGCAUCGCCUACGCUCUUCUGGCGCUCCCACGACCUUGGCUGACCGAUCCCCCGAGCUCGACCUGCCAGUUACCACGUCCUGCCUGCAGCUGUGCCACAAAAAGCCCAUAACUACGCGGGGUCGCUGAGCGAUGAGCGAGGGCGCGCGGAACACGCGCCGGUUCUUCGGCGCGUCGAGCAGCGGCGCGGGCGAGAGCGGCACCGGCAGCGCGGGCUACCGGGACGGCGGCGGCGGCAUUGUGGUGUCGCGGAGCAGCGACGUGAACACGGGGAUCCAGGACGAGAACGUCCUGGCGCUGGUGUUCCGGUCCAUCAACUUCGACCCCAAGGCGGUCUGCACCGUGGCCUGCGUCAGCCGGCGCCUGCGCGCCGUCGCGGAGCGCGUGCUGUGGCGGGAGCUCUGCAUCUCCCGCGCCCCGCGGAUGGUGGCCUCGCUGACAGGGGUCCCGGUGGGCGGCCCGCCGCCCCCCGGGCGCAUUGUGGGCGGGUGGCCGGCGCUGGCGAAGCUGCUCCUCUUCUGCUGCGGCGCGGCGUCGGCGUCCGUCCCGGGCCACUCCACGGGGGUGUCCCGGUUCUCCAAGACCUCCGGGCGGAGCUUCCUGGCGCGGCGGUGCCGGGGCGACCUCCUCUACGUGUCGGACCCCUGCGAGCACGCCGCGCCGGGCGCGGACGACGACGUGGGCGCCUACCGCGGCGUGUUCCGCGGGUUCAUGCGCUCCCGGACCCGGGCGUGCCUGGUGGGGCGCCAGGCCGCGCUGGAGGCGCGCGUGCGCUGCCCCUACUGCGGCGCGCGCGUCUGGAGCAUGGUGGCGGCCGGGAUGGUGCCGCGCAUCGCGUGGCGGAGGCUCGGCGCCUACGAGGGCCGCCUCGAGUACUACGUCUGCGUCAGCGGGCACCUCCACGGCAACUGCUGGCUCGCGCGACUCACAUCCAGCGACGGCGAGCACGGCGGCGGCGACUCGGAGGAUGACGACGACGACGCGUCCACGGAAAGCGGCAGCGACGAUGGCCGUGCCGCGUCGUAGCUCGCGACAUUCCAGGUCCACUACCAUGUGUUCGAUGGAUUGGUAGCAGAGAGGCGUAGCUGUCCUACGGUCCGAACUGUAGCACUGAUGCUGUAGCGGAGAUCGGUGUCGAUCCCUGCCCUGUGCGUGCGUCAUUGCGUUGGGGCCGUUGGGGUGGCCAGCAACAGCAGCACGCGUGGUCUCUGCUUCUGCUUUGACUGACUGGCCGGCGGCUGGAUAAGCCACGAUGUUUACUGUUCCGGAGAGCAGUGCGCGCGGCUGGAUGGAGCCUUUUCGUGAUGUGAUCGGACACUCGUUUUCCGCCGUCACGGCUUUGUCGGUUGCCGGCCCUGUUGUACCCUGCUCCGUUUUCUCGCUUUCAAGCUGUCGCGUGUUGACUUGAAGAGGCGCUUGAGUCGAGUCUGCUGCUCCCUUGGCCCCGGGUCCCGGGUGACAAGGCAGCAUCUGCCUCCCCCCGUCUUUUCUUGCUUGCUUGCUUGGUUGGGAACUACGGAGUACAGCACGGUACUUGGAAGAGUCAGGCACUCAGGCAGCCGCCGGCUCCCUAGAUUGCUUCACUAGAGUCUAAAACUUGCCAGGACGUACAUUUACUCCGAGAAAACUGCAGUAGUUACGUUUAGCAUGUCAAAUUGUUACCACAACGUAGCAAAAUUUGAGUUACAAUAAGCUCUGUUUAUCA